AUGAAAGCUGCGAGAUUGGGAAUUGAAGAGGUAACAUGUUCUGAUACGAUCAGUCACCUACCUGAUGACUUGCUCUUUCGAAUCCUCUCAUUGGUUCCGGUAAGAAUCGCAGUGUCCACAAGCUUAUUGUCUAAACGAUGGAACUAUGUGUGGAAGAUGAUGCCAACGCUUGUGUAUGACGAAACAUGUCCCUACAAUGGUUCCCUUGGAUUUGACCAAUUUUGUCGCAUGUCCUUGCCAUUACACGAAGCUCAUGUUCUCAAAACCCUAAACAUCAAACUUGGGAAAUACUCUGAUUCCAUAGAUACUCUCUUAUUCCCAAACAUCCGUUCCAUUCUCCUAGAGAUCAUAAUCACUUUGAAUUAUCAUCAGGUUUUUUACUCUCCCAUCAGAUUCCCAAAUAACCUCAAAGUCUUCAAAACACUCCUUGUCUUGAAACUCGAAGGCAGGAUUGCUGUGGACGUUGUAGACUCUCCUGUUUGUUUCCCUUCCCUGAAAAUUUUGCACCUCAAACGUGUGAGGUUUCAGUACAAAGAAGAAUCUUUCAAAAGAGUUUUAUCGGCUUGUCCUGUUCUUGAAGAUCUCUACCUCCAAAGACUUUGCAGUCAUGGCCGUUUUAUGUUCACUAUAUCAGUCCCUACUCUACAGAGAUUAUCCAUUGAUACAGAAUCUGUAUAUCAUUGUUACGAUGAUCUAAGAUUCGAGAUAAACACUCCUUCUUUGAACAACUUAAAGAUCAACGAUCGUGGAGGUUGUUUUAAUUUUGUUGAGGAUAUGCCUAAGCUGGUAGAGGCAAAUAUUUCUUUGCUUGAGUCAGAAACAGGGAAGCUCAUGAAAUUUCUAACUUAUUUCCGCGCACUUGAGCAUCUUUCCUUAAGGUUAUCCCCUUCAAUAUCGGCUUCACAUCUUAAGGGUACAUUAAUCUCCAAACGGAUUGUUCAUCUGGAACUACAUAUUUACGAUACAAUUCAGUUGAGUCUGCUUACGCAUUUUCUUGAAGAGUAUCCUAAGCUACGAUCUCUCAAGCUCAACCAGAAUCAUUGGUUUCCUAAGAGAGGUAUCGAGGAUCAACCGAGAUCUGUUCCUGAAUGCUUGAGCUUCCAUUUGGAAACUCUUGAAUGGAUAGGCUAUGCAGGAACACUGGAAGAGAAUGAAGUCGCCACUUAUAUUCUGAAAAACGCUCAUUGUUUGAAAACUGCUACGAUCUCUCUAUAUUCAACGGACACGGAGAAGCGUAUGCUGAUAGAAAAGGAGUUGAGAUCUAUGACUAAAGGUUCAUGUCAGCUUGUAAUCUUGUUACUGGAUUAUUAG